AUGAGCGCACAGCAAGAGGCCGCGCAGGCCGUCGAAUCCUACGCGGGCGAGCGCUACAAGUACGGCUUCGUCACCGAUGUCGAGGUCGACUCCGCGCCUCCCGGACUCGAUCACAACACCAUCCGGUUCAUCUCCGCCAAGAAGGGCGAGCCCGAGUGGCUAUUGGCCUGGCGUCUCAAGGCCUUCGAGCGUUGGCUUCAGAUGGAGGACGAGGAGCCGACGUGGGCGAAAGUUCACUACCCGCCCAUCAACUAUCAGGACGCCUGCUACUACUCCGCGCCCAAGUCCGACUCCGACCGGCCGAAGAGCCUGGACGAGAUCGACCCGGAGCUUCUGAAGACCUACGAGAAGCUCGGCAUCCCACUCCAGGAGCAGGAGAUGCUGGCGGGUGUCGCGGUCGAUGCGGUGUUCGACAGCGUCUCGGUCGCGACCACGUUCAAGGACAAACUCGGCGAGAUGGGCAUCAUCUUCUGCUCGAUCUCGGAUGCGGUGAAGGAGCAUCCGGACCUGGUGCAGCGCUACCUCGGCUCCGUGGUGCCCUAUUCGGACAACUUCUUCGCGACCCUGAACUCGGCGGUGUUCACCGACGGCUCCUUCGUCUACGUGCCGAAGGGCGUGCGCUGCCCGAUGGAGCUUUCCACCUACUUCCGCAUCAACGCCGCCAACACCGGCCAGUUCGAGCGCACGCUCAUCAUCGCCGACGAGGGCUCCUACGUGAGCUAUCUCGAAGGCUGUACGGCGCCGAUGCGCGACGAGAACCAGCUCCAUGCCGCCGUGGUCGAGCUGAUCGCGCUCGAUGAUGCCGAAAUCAAGUACUCCACGGUGCAGAACUGGUAUCCGGGCGACGCCGACGGCAAGGGCGGGAUCUACAACUUCGUCACCAAGCGCGGCGCCUGCCGCGGCGCCAACGCCAAGAUCUCCUGGACGCAGGUGGAACCGGGCUCGGCGAUCACCUGGAAGUAUCCGAGCUGUAUCCUCCAGGGCGACAACUCGGUGGGUGAGUUCUACUCGAUCGCCAUCACCAACAACCGCCAGCAGGCGGAUACCGGCACCAAGAUGAUCCACAUCGGCCGCAACACGAAGAGCCGGAUCGUCUCCAAGGGCAUCGCCGCCGGGCGUUCGGACAGCACCUAUCGCGGCCUCGUUCGCAUCCAGCCCAAGGCCGAAGGCGCGCGCAACCACACCCAAUGCGAUUCGCUGCUGAUCGGCGACAAAUGCGGCGCCCAUACCGUGCCGUACAUCGAAUCGCGCAACCCGAGAGCGCGUGUCGAGCACGAGGCGACAACCUCCAAGAUCAGCGAGGACCAGCUCUUCUACUGCCGCCAGCGCGGCAUCGACGAGGAGGACGCCGUCGCGCUCAUCGUCAACGGCUUCUGCCGCGAGGUGCUGCAGGAGCUGCCGAUGGAGUUCGCCGUCGAGGCCCAAAAACUGGUGGCGAUCAGCCUGGAAGGCAGCGUCGGCUAG